AGCAUCGAGAGCAGACUGAAGGUUGUCCUUCCUGAGGACCUUGGGUCAUCUCUGAUGGACGGCGUUGUGCUCUGCCAUCUGGCCAAUCACAUUCGCCCGCGCUCUGUCGCCAGCAUCCACGUUCCCUCGCCUGCAGUGCCCAAACUCAGCAUGGCCAAGUGUCGGAGAAAUGUGGAGAACUUCCUGGAUGCCUGCAGAAAAAUUGGUGUACCGGAGGACAAGCUGUGUCUCCCUCACCACAUCCUGGAGGAGAAAGGCCUGGUGAAGGUGAGCAUCACAGUCCAGGCUCUGGUGGACGAGGCCUCCUCUAAGCACACCCUCCUGACAUGAGCAGCAGAGCUUCAACCAACUGACACGUACAACAAAUACAUACCUGGAUGGAGAGGUUGACUCCAUAUCACAUAAUUCCAUGACACACCUCUGUGCUCAUUCUGAGUGUUUUUUUUAUAUUUAAGGAUGCUAAAUGGUGUUAAGGGAUCAGAACCAGUCAGACAUGGAUUGAUUAACAAGUUCAUGAGAGGGAACUUCUGGGCAGAGUAGGAAUACAAUUUAAUGCCAAGCAGAAAGACUAGUGGAAGAGCCAAAAUGAACCAGCUUUUGACUGGUUCUAUAGAUGUUUUUUAGAUGUUAGUUUCAGGGGGAUGUGAGUGAAAAUGAACCCUUAUUACCCCCUUUCUUCAGGUAACCACAAGAGACACAAACUGUCAACUAAGGGCCUGAUCACUCCCCUUUCCUUCCCCUUUCCUUUCUUUAAAAAAAAAAUAUAUAUAAAGGAUUAAUAGGGCCACUGUGAAUGCCUUAAAGAAUAAAGUCAAAAUAUUUUGGUGAAAAAAUCAUAUUAUGAGAAUAAAGCAGUAUUUGGGUCUUUAAAAAGGACCAAUAAUACAAGAGAGAUUGAGAUUGUUGCAGCCUAAAAUGUCUGAUUCCGCCGCAGCUUUUCCAAAAAAAAUGUGACGCAUGAGAUGCUUUUACUGUUUUUUGAAUGAAAAUUGGCGUUUUGCACGGGGGACUGCUGUGAUUUGUGAAACUCACAGGAAACUACAAUGAUUGGUCAAAUUUGCAGAAAAGUUGCAUAGAAUUCACAGGGAUUGGUUGAGUUUGCAUUAAUUGUUGCAAAGGCAACAUCACAACUUUCUGGAGGGACUAGAACAUUUGUAAUAUUAGUAAUAAUUUUAUUAGAAAACUUCCUAAUAUUUGAGAAUAAAGCAGUAGUAUCACAAGAUGUGACUUUAUACUUGUAAUGUUAUAACUUUCCUCUUGAAAAGUAUGAUUUGUUUUUCAUAAAAUGACAACUGUAUUCUUGUAAUAUGACUUUUUUCUUGAAAUAACAAUUUUAUUCAUAUAAUAUUACAUAUUUCAAAAUGACGACUUUUUCCUAAAAAUCUGCAUUUUUUUUGUCCGUACCAGUGGCCCUGAUACUCUUGUGUACAAAGAUAGAUGCAGAGACCUGCUGAUAUUAUGCAGUAUUAGCUAUUUUCUGGUGUUUUCCUGCUGUGUGGACUGAGGAUUUUAGUGUCUCACUUUCAGUUCCCUGAAGAGAAUAAAACCUAAAUUAUGUAAAGCCAAAUGUCUUAAAAUAGAGGGAGACCACUUUUAAACACAAUUUCUAUUUAAGAUAUUUAUAAUAUAAGAGAAGCUGAGAUAAGGUGUUUGAAAUGUUAUAUACAUUCAAAAAGAUAAAUAUCCCCAAAAUAUUUUUCUCUAAUAUAUUUUAGGUAUAUUUGUGUAUGUUUUCUAGAAGUUUUACUGUGGCUUUGUUUGGAGCUCUCUGCAUGUCCCUGAACCAGGUCUCAGUCUACAUACCACUGUGGGGAUACUACUCUGUGUUUAUCAAGCCUCUGUUUUUUUUUUUUUUUUUCUUUGGAUGUGGUUUCUUCAUAAGAUUCAGUUUGCUAACAAAAAAAGUCACAAAACAAAAGUUAAACACCAAUCAAUCACUAUGUUCAAGUGCAAAUGAUAAUUUCCAUGUAAUUUCAUCAGCUUCUCGUGUCUGCAAGCAACAGAGCACCACCCAUAUUUUAUGACUCUCUUAACGCUGCGAGUCAUUUUUGUAAAAUUCAUAUUCACUGAAACUUUCACUUUAUCCCGACAGUAGUACAUUAGACAGAUGAUCUGUGAACAAAAACAACCAAUCAGACAACCCAAAAAGUCUUGUAUUCAGGCCCGGUGGAUUCUUACAAAUGCCAUUAGGAGCACUAGGAGGAGCCAGAGAAAGCUUGUGUACUACUGUCAGG